AUGAGCCACUCUGCUGCCAAUCACUUCGUACACAUCCCCGAUGCCUCCUGUCCUGACACACGCUCUGCUGAGCCCAAACUCGAUGACAUGUUCCCUGACACGCACUCCGCUGAGCACAAUCCUGUCCCCAGUGCAGUUCCCAAGACAGGCUCUGCUGAGCCUGAUUCCAAGGUAGUACCCAUCGCAGUCCUCGAUGCACACUCCACUGAGCGCAAAGCUGAUAUAGUUCCUGGUGCAGGCUCCGCUGAGCCUGGUCCCGAGAUGGUUCACAAUAAACCCAAUGUGUGCUCUGCUGAACACAACCCCGGUGCAUAA